AUGUCCACCAAUCCAGAUAACAUCGACGUGCUUAACUCGCAGAUCCGUCUGGAUGAUCGAGAGCUCUACGUGUCUGCACAGGCCAAACUUGACAACACCUGGACGUUCGAGAUUGUUCCAGACUACUUCAAACAACUGAGUCCAGACACUGACGAGACCAGAUUUAACUACUUCAAAGAACACUUUGGAAAGUUAAAGCCAUGGACAGAGAUUUUGGAAGACCUCAGAUCACUUAAUAAGGAUGCCUCAGGCACUGGUGUGGUAUACAAGGUGCUCUUCCUUGGUCGUCACGGUCAAGGUUUCCAUAACUUGGCCAACUUGAAAUAUGGUGAGAAAGCAUGGAAUGAGUACUGGCUGAAGAUAUGUGGCGACGGCGAGAUCGUUUGGGCUCCAGAUCCAGAACUUACGGACUUGGGAGUCGCCCAGGCCAAGGACAAUCACCACCAGUUGAAGAUUGAGUUGCAUGACGGCCUUCGGUUGCCUUCUAAGUGGUAUACGUCGCCAUUCCGUAGAUCGGUCGACACUUUGAUUGGCACUUGGGACGGAAUCGUCGAUUUGAACGAUGUGAAGCCACUUAUCAUGGAGGACUUGCGGGAGACCAUCGGUGUUCAUCUAUGUGAUAAAAGGUCCACCAGAUCGGUAAUUGCUGACAAGUAUGAGGGACGUGGGUUUGUCAUUGAAAAUUCUUUUGAGGAAGAAGAUGUUUAUUUCAAGACGGAUUAUAGAGAGAAGGUGUGGGAACAGGCACUCAGACAGAACCGUCUGUUUCAGUACAUUUUCGAGACCACCGACGUCAACGACGACAUCAUCAGUGUGACCUCACAUUCGGGAUCAAUCCGGACCCAGCUCAUGGUUUUGGGUCAUCGUCCUUUUGCCAUUGGAACGGGAGGAAUGAUCCCAGUAUUUGUGAAGGCCACUAGAAAGACUUAG